GCGACGGACCUGGCGACCACUAGCGAAUUGUUACGAGAGGGAGAAAUAAUGGUGGAUAAAUAAUUUAUUUUUCUGACAGAUCGAAUUCUACGAUUAAAAUUCCCGUUGAAGACUUUGCGACUUCCGAUCGAAAAAUUCUUUACUUGAGCUAUCCAACUUCCCGAGUCGGUAGUGUAGUUUCGUCUGGAGCAAAGGAUGAACUGGGAAGCCAGAAUUUGAGUAGAGUCGGGCGGAAAGUUGGCAGUCGCCGGAUUCGUGAACCCUUGGCAAACAUUGGGAGCGCUUGCCGUCAUGUUUUUGAUGACUCGUUUGCAUUAAUUAUUCACUGCAUCGAUCAAAACAAACAUGGAGCCAUUUCCAAAUCUCCCUGGACUCGUCAUUAAGAAAAUAGCAAAGGACAAUGGAGUAGGCAGUGAAGAUUUACAAAAUAAUAGUCCAGAUCAAGAAGACGCAAGCGACGAUGCUGACGAGGAUGGCAAGAGAGAGGCCUCAGAGUCUGAUGCAGAAGGUGCAGCCGAAAGUGACGAGUCCGAGGAUGAGGACGCCGGAGAUGAUGAAAUUGAGCCAGAAGAUUCGGUGAUGGAAGAAAGUGAAGAUGCUGAUGAUGAGGGUGAUGUUGAAACCGAGGAUGAACAAGAGGCUGAAAAGGGGGAAAGUGAGGACAAAGUGGAGGGUGGAACAUGUGAAAGCGAAUUAAAAGUUCAAGAGGUUGAGGGCAGUAGUGAUGCAAAGUCACUGGAGGUUACACCUGUCGUGACAAAAAGCAAGAAGCGAAAGAAAGCAGCCGACUCGGAAAAGGAAAGCGUCAAAAAGAAAAGGAAACGGAAGACCAAGGAAAGUAAGAAGGACAAAGAUGAUUCUGAUAGUGAUGAAGAAGAAGGCGAGAAGAAGGAAAAAAAGAAGCGAGUGAAAAAUUUGAGAAAGAACAUUCGUGAAGUGAUGAAUGAAGAUGAGCUUGAUGAAGAAACUAAGGCUGCACAGAGACAGGAAAUGGAAAGACUGAUGAGGGUGCAGGAGCAGCAGAAAAUGCUUAAGGAAAUGCAGCGCAAAAUCAUGCAAGAAAAACAGAAGACGUUGCUGCAAUCGUUGGGACAGUCCACAUCAAUUCUUCGAAACUGCACUAUUACACCAAUGGGCGCGAAUAGAGACCUGGAUAUUGCCUCCCUUCCUUCACUUUCCAGUGACCUGGGAAUUACUCCAGGUGAGACGUCUGUCUCUCUGGUCAAAAACUCAGAUAAUAGAAUGGGCGUCGAAGAGUUCAGUGCUGCUGAUCAAACUUUUUCACAUUCAGAGACUACUAUAAUUGGAAAACCAAUUGCACCAAGGAAAGAAAUCACAGAACCUAAAGAGUUGGUUACCAUAAGCAGUAGUGACGAUGACUGUAUGAUAGUUUCUGGCGGCUCGGAGGCAGAGAGUGAACCUGAAGAUCCCACAAAUUCCGGUCUUCAUACAAAUGAUGUUUUCAACAUUCCUGAUGAACAAGGUCGAGUACUUAUAAAUGUGGGCCAUCCAGAGUCUGAACCUGACAUCUUUUUGGCACCUCAGAUUGCUAGGGCCAUAAAACCUCAUCAAAUUGGUGGUAUUCGAUUUAUGUAUGACAACGUUGUUGAAUCUCUGGAAAGGUACAAAUCAAGUUCUGGUUUUGGUUGCAUCCUUGCUCACUCUAUGGGUCUCGGAAAAACUCUUCAGGUUGUUUCCUUCUGUGAUAUAUUUUUGAGACACACAAGCGCAAGGCACAUUUUGUGCAUCAUGCCCAUAAACACACUUCAAAAUUGGGUCGCUGAGUUCAAUAUGUGGAUGCCCCCUGAAAAAGAUGCAAAUCAGGAAUCAAACUCCGACCUUGAAGUUUGUGCACGAACCUUCAAUUUGCAUGUUCUCAACGAUUCUCAGAAAACUUUGACUGCUAGAGCCAAGGUUAUUCGGCAUUGGCGCCUCUCGGGUGGUGUCCUUUUGAUAGGAUAUGAACUAUAUCGUCUCUUGAGUCUGCGAAGAGACAAGCUGAGCAAGAAAAAGAGAUUUGUCCAUGUUAUUGAAGUUGAAGAAGAUGAUAAUAGGAAAAAGGCCCUCUGGAAUGAAAUUCAUGAUGCUCUAAUAAAGCCAGGACCAGAUCUUGUCAUAUGUGAUGAGGGUCACAGGAUAAAAAACAGUCAUGCGUCAAUAUCUCACGCUUUGAAGAGCAUUCAGACAAAGCGGAGAAUUGUGCUCACAGGCUAUCCUCUGCAAAAUAAUCUACUCGAGUACUGGUGCAUGGUUGACUUUGUCCGGCCGAACUACUUGGGCACAAAGACUGAAUUUAGCAACAUGUUUGAACGUCCAAUUCAAAAUGGCCAGUGUGUUGACAGCACUCCGAAUGACGUGAAACUAAUGAGAUAUCGUGCCCAUGUGUUGCAUUCCUUGCUUAAUGGAUUUGUCCAAAGACGCAGCCAUGAAGUGCUGCAAAAAGCGCUUCCACAAAAACAUGAAUUUGUAUUGCUGUUCAGAAUGACUCCCUUCCAACGCAAUCUUUACAGUACGUUCAUGAAUGAGGUUGUGAGAACAAAGACGGUGCCAAAUCCGUUGAAAGCGUUUGCUGUUUGUUGCAAGAUCUGGAAUCAUCCUGAUGUCCUUUACUAUUUUCUCAAAAAGAGAAUGGAAGGCGACGAUUUGGAUUUGGAGGAGCCUGUACUUGCAAGCAAUGCAGGAUCCAACGUUCCGGCCGCAGCAUCCAGCAAAAAUGGAAAGGCAAGUCGAUCAAAGAAACCUCCAAAGGCACAUGAAAACUCAUGCAGCAAAGAGGUUAAGGCAGAUGCAAUCAUUCGGCCAAUUAUGUCCAAUCAAGACCAGGCCGUCUCUCUUGAUAACCAGGAGUUCUCCGAAAGCUAUAGCCAUGGUGGUUUUGGAUACGGGGAAUCAUCUAACCAAUUUAACCAGCAAUACCAGCAAAACUAUUUCAACAGCAUGCAACAGCAAUGUUACCCACAGUCUACAAACCCAUUCACAGCUUGCAAUAGUCAGCAGAAUCCUUAUGGCUCACUUCCAUCAUCGCAAAACUUUGGAAAUCAACAACAGUCUUGGCAGCAGCCAGGAUACGAGCCUUUCGGUGGACAGUACAACGACUCUUUCCAUCUGCCUCCAAGUAGCCUGGAGACAAAGCACACUGGGACUGUAAAAAAUGAAAGGCUAGCUGACCUGAUGGACAAAAAAUGUGGAAAUCUCGACAACAAAGAAAUUGAUUCAAUCGAGAAAAUAAUAGAUGAAAAAAUUGAGAGCAGGAGAGAUGAUGACUUAAAAAGUUUAUUGGAGCAGGGAUCGAACAUGCCAAAGACUGGAAGAGACGAGACUUCUAUUCCUUAUGAUUGGGCACCUGAAAUUCUUAAAGGAUAUGAACCCGGGAAAAUUGAGAAUAGUGCAAAAAUGGAAGCCCUUUUCUGCAUUCUUGAAGAAAGCCUGAAACUGGGGGACAGGAUCCUCCUCUUUAGUCAGUCACUCUUCACCUUGAAUUUGAUUGAAGAUUUCCUCCAUCAAAAUUUUGUACCUGGCACUGAAGAAAAGUGGGCGAAAAAUGUGCACUAUUUCCGUUUGGAUGGAAGCACCGCUGCUAUUGAAAGGGAAAAGCUCAUAAACGAAUUCAAUUCUAAUCCAAAGCUGGCAUUGUUUCUAGUCUCAACCAGAGCAGGAAGCUUGGGCAUUAAUUUAGUUGGUGCUAACCGCGUCAUUGUCUUUGAUGCCUCAUGGAAUCCUUGCCACGAUACACAAGCCGUUUGCCGAGUUUACAGGUAUGGUCAGCUAAAACCAUGUUUUGUUUACCGAUUCGUUAUGGACAACUGCCUUGAGAAGAAGAUUUACGAUCGGCAAAUCAACAAACAAGGCAUGGCAGACCGUGUUGUGGAUGAGCUGAAUCCAGAUGCCCAUUUGUCCAUGAAAGAAGUCAGCAACCUGUUGUACGACUCUGAGCCAGAAUCAGAAGUUAAAGAUCUCUCUGAACAUGCACCAAAGUUUCUUGAUAGCAUCGUUCAGAUGUUGUUAGAACAGAAGAGCUCAUUGCUAUCCAAGGAACCUUUUAAACACGAAUCCUUGCUUGUCGAUCGUAAGGAGAAGAAACUCUCCCAAGCCGAAAAGCGGCUGGCCAAGCGGAGCUAUGAACUGGAAAAGCAAGCAAGCACAAAAUCAGGCUUCAACAACUACUACAGUGGAUACCAAGGGUCGUACAGCACGUCAGGGGGCGGAAUCGUCAAUGCACCUCCACCAACUCUCCCAAUCAGGCAGGGCACUCGACCUGUUGCAUCUGUCCGUCCAAUGCAAGCUCCUCGUCCACCCCCCGCCAGUAGGACCCGUUGGAUCCCUGCAGAGACCUGGCAACGCCAAGGCAUGACUGUUCAAGAGAUGACUCUUCCAAUUGAUGUUGUGAUACCAACAAAUGCCCAAGAUCGAUCCAUCUCAUUGAAAGCAGGGCAGCGAGUGAUGGUCCUAAAAAGUCCGAAGGGAGUCUACAUGCAACUGGAGAACGGCAAGAUUAUUGCAAUUCGCUCAACCCAAAAAUCAGGAGAAUCCGGCCGGUCAGCCGAAAGUCUCUCCAGUCUGCAGUCUUUGGCAGGCAGCAGCACUCCAGAAUCAAUUCAAAAUUUGCUACCUCCUAAUUCUGAGCUUACGAUUACUCCUCGAGGGGGCAACGUCAAAAGUGUCAGCCAGCCUAGGCAGUUACCGUGGAGCCCAAAAAAUUCUGUCCAAACUCCUGCUUCUGAACUUUACACAGCAUCCACCAGCAGUACUGCCUCUCCAGGUGGCGCUCCAAUAAGCUUCAGCAGUCAAGCCUUUGAAGCAGAUUUAGGUCCUGUGCACGGCACUCUUCAUUCCAAAGUGGUGCAACAAUUAUCAUCGAGAGCUUUGCCAAAAACUACCUCUGUUCCUCUACCAGCCACUAGCACAAGGAAGAUUGAUUCGUCUCCUCUGCCUAGUUUUUCGUCAAACACUUUUGCUGCCAAUCAGCAACAACAGCAGUUUCCUCAAACGACGAUGCACACAAGUGGUGGAGGAAUAGUUGCGUCUCAAGAUAAUUAUUACGUUGAACCAGGAACGUACCAAAACUAUUCUAACGUAGCAACGCAUAAUCAGCAAUACGCUGACCCCUACAGCGCUUUUCACAGACCCGACUUUCCUGUUACAACUGUGGCACCAACCAACCCUUACAUGUCUUACGAACCCGGUAACCCCAGUCAAUAUCAGAACCAAGUGUAUAAUCCAGCGUAUCCCACAAACAGUUACACAUAUCAGCAGUCCAGCUUCAGUCCAAUGUAUAGUUCCUCGUCGUCACAGAGUGGCCCUGACUAUUCUCAACCACCCAUGUGAACUUGCUUUUCGCUUUGUGUAAUUAGAGCUUUUUUGGCCUAAGAAUCUCCUCUGAGGUUCGAUUAUUAUUAAGGACAUCUUUUUGGCAUUGGCAAAUCAAAUCUUUACUACAAUGUUGUUAUUAUUAUAAAUUUUAACUCCAAUUGCUGAACAGACUUAAUUUGACUAUGCCAAUAAGUACAUAGUCCUCUUUUGUUGUGCAAUAAUUUUGAGGUGUUAAUUUGUAUAAUCUAAAAUUGGAUUAUAGUUAAUAGAUCACUUUUGACCUAUUUAAUUAGUUCCAAAAUAACUAGUUGAUCUGUUCUAACAUUAAAAAUUUAUAUUGUCAAAAUAGCAAUGAAUUUAAAAAUUUCCAUUGUAGGCCAAAGAAAUUAUAGUUUUUUUUUUAACAAUUCUUAUUAUUGAAGUGCAAAGGUAGCGUUUUGCCCGAAUUAUAUUGAUUUGCAAAAAAGGCAUUUAUAAAUGUUACUUAAACAAUGUCUCAAAAUUAAAAUAAAAGCAAGAUUUCAACAAU